GAAAACGACAUCCCUUCAUAUUUCUAACCCUAAACGGAGUUCGAGGUCUCUUUCUCUCUCUCUCGAUCGAGCCCGGCGGAGAUCUGGUGAUUUCUAGGGUUUUUGAGGGGAAUCGAUUUGGGGUUUGAUUCUAGGGUUUUGAUGGUGGGGGAAGGGCGAAGAUGAUGGAUGCGAGGUAGGAAGAGCUGAGGUUGAGUGGAAGAUGUUAAGGAGGUGUCGGGCGGGAUGCCGAGUUUCCUCAACUCGUUGCCUGCGGCUCGUGCUAUUGUUUCAGAAGGAAACCAUAUGCAUCCUUCAAGAACUUCUGAUUUUGGGGCAUUGGAGCAGAACAUUGGACUUUGCAUAGAGGAAACAACUAUUCUAAGUCGAGAUCCUGUGAUUGAUCCAAAGCCAAGUAGUCAGGCUGUUGUUACUGAUCUUCAGUUCAGUGCUUACGCUAAUACACACCCCUCCUCCGACAUUGCUUCUCUCGCUGCUAGAAUUGGGCCUUUAAAACUUCCACAAAGCGGGCAACAACCGCAUCCUGCAUCAGUGUCCAGUUCUCACUUUGAGAACUGGGGUGAGUCUACAAUGGCAGAUGCCAGCCCUAGGACUGAUACCUCCACAGAUGUGGAUCAUGAUGACAAAAAUCCAAGGGUGCAACCUAUUGCUGUGGUGCCAUCCGAUUCAAGUGACAGAUCAAAGGAUAAAAUAGGGGACCAGAAAACACUUCGUCGUCUAGCUCAAAACCGUGAAGCUGCCAGGAAAAGUCGAUUGAGAAAAAAGGCAUAUGUCCAACAACUCGAGAGUAGUAGGCUGAAGCUUACUCAACUAGAGCAGGAACUCCAAAAAGCUCGCCAGCAGGGUAUAUUUAUUUCUAGCACAGGAGAUCAGUCACAUGCUGUGGGUGGAAAUGGAGCCUUGACGUUUGACAUGGAAUAUGCAAGGUGGUUGGAUGAUCAUAAUCGGCAAAUAAGUGAACUGAGGAAUGCGGUUAACUCUCAUGCAAGUGAUACAGAUCUUCGUGCUAUUGUGGAUGGUAUUAUGUCACAUUAUGAUGACAUCUUUAAGCUGAAGAAUGCUGCUGCCAAGGCAGAUGUCUUUCAUUUGUUGUCUGGCAUGUGGAAGACGCCUGCAGAAAGGUGCUUCAUGUGGCUUGGAGGCUUCAGGUCAUCUGAGCUUCUUAAGCUGCUUGCAAGUCAUCUUGAGCCUCUCACUGAACAGCAGCUAAUGGGGAUAUGCAACCUUCAGGAGUCCUCGCAACAAGCAGAGGAUGCUCUGUCACAAGGAAUGGAAGCAUUGCAACAAUCCUUGGCAGAAACUUUGGCGGGGUCUCUGGGGCCCUCAGGAUCUUCAGGGAAUGUUGCUAAUUACAUGGGCCAGAUGGCAAUGGCAAUGGGAAAGCUUGGUACUCUAGAAAAUUUCCUUCGCCAGGCUGACAACCUACGGCAGCAGACCCUCCAACAAAUGCAAAGAAUCUUAACUACUCGUCAAGCUGCCCGUGCACUUCUUGCCAUAAAUGACUACUUCUCGAGGCUUCGUGCUUUGAGCUCUCUUUGGCUUGCAAGACCAAGGGACUAAUGCAACAACCUAAGGAUCUGACUCAGAUUAUCAAAUAUCCCUCCAUCCAUGGUCUGAAGAUCAUCUGCUGAUCCAAAGCCAAUUUGUGUGGUUCUGUAGAUGCAAUCCAGACCAUCAGAGAAUUUGGCUUGCUCAUAUGAUUGGUCUGUUUCUUUCUUGUACACUUAUAUAUAUAUAUAUAUAGUUUGGGGGAGAUGUCCAUAUCCAUGUACCAUCAUCAGUUAGUGUAAAAUUUGAUGUGUGUAUCUUUGUUACUCUGCAUGAUUGCUGAAGACAAAUAAUUGUUGAAGCAUUUAUGGUUUGUUCGCUGUAGGUCUUUGAUCGAGUAUGUAGAAAAUUGACAUUGUAUUUUGUAAGGUGAAUAUUGAUCUGCAUAGAAGUUGUCUGUAACUUUA